GGGUCCAAUUCACACCCCAACCCGACAACCCGGUUCCCGGCCCUUUAUCCUGUGACACAGCUGCUCUCCAACAAAACAUGUAAGGAGGGUUUUCUCCUUCUCCCCUUCCCUCUUCUCUCUCUCUCUCUAGCCAUAUCCCUUCAUCCCAAAUCCUCCAUUUUACUAGGGUUUCUCAGCUCCAAACCACCCAAUUCAACUCUAAAUACCACUACUUCUAUUUCUCCCCCCCCCCCCCUCUCUUUCUCACUUGAAGAUCUAUAACGAUGCAUUCGGGUUUCGAAAUCACCGGCAUCCACCAGCAGCAGCAGCAACAGCAACCCGAGAACCCGCUUCUACUAUCCAUGAACCCGACCCAUAUCCUCGACCAAAUCCACACAUCCCAACAACCACUACUCCUCCCCCCCUCCCCCUACUUCCCCCUCAACUUCAAGCUCGGCCUCAACGAGAUUCACUCAACUUCCUCCGCCGCCCCCAACGGUGUGAGUCAGCAAUACCAUCUGCCCGAGGCCAGACAAUCAUCUCUCGGAAUUCUCCACUCUCAAUUUUGGGAACCCCUUCUCGCAGAAGUAUCCAAUGAAAACAGUGAAAUAGUGAGGAGGAGAGAAACUCUAGCGACCUGUUUGGACGCCAAAAGUAGAGCACAUUUCAGCGAGCUGGAAGCCGUAUACAAACGUCACGGUAAUGCUGAAGCCACCCAAACAGCCCCUAACUUAACACCACCACCACCACUGCCCGUGACCGACGAAGAAGAACCUUCCAGAACCGAAGCGAAGAAGACGAAGAGGAAGAAGAAAAAAGUGACGGAUUCGGAUCCGCAGCAAAUCACUCCGAUGGAGGAAUUCUUCGAGAAUCUGGUGAAGCAGGUGCUGGAACACCAGGAGAAACUGCAGAGGAAAUUCACGGAGGUGAUCGAUCGGCUGAGCGAGGAGAGGAGAGCGAGGGAGGAGGCGUGGAGGAGUCAGGAGCUCGCGCAUCUCGAGCGCGAGGCGGCGGCGAGGGCUCACGAGAAGGCGAUGGCGAAGAGCCGCGAGGCGACGAUCGUUUCCUAUCUGGAGAAGAUUACAGGACAGCUGAUUAAUAUGCCGACGUCGGAGAGCGCGGCGGCGGCAAACACCAGCCCCGACUCGAAUUUCGGAGGCGGAGAGGAUGAGAUGCAGCUCGAUCGAGAUCGGGAUUGAGAGAAGUGAUUUGAGCUGGUAAAUUAAAAUGCGCUUUUUUCGAUUGCAAAGAAUCGCUGUUUGGGUUUUGUAAUCUAGAAAUUUAGGUCUGAUAAAAUUCAACGACUAUUAAUAACGUUUUAGUUUAUACGUAUAUUUGAGUAUAGUAGACAACCAUUUUAUUCACUUAA